CAUAUGUUCCUCACUAGCCAUAGUUAACAAAUACAAUGGCUGCAGGGACAAAGAGUGUUAUGCUAGCGCUCUUGGAUACAUUCCCCCUACAUGUACAUCAUAAUAAUGCAUCUCCACUCUGCCAAGAAAGGAGAUUAAUGAUGCUUUCAUGUAUUAGUGGUCGAACCAACAACAUAGUUAGAGCGAGGCAGAAGCAAAUUGCACCGACCGUAGUGGCGGCUUUGAUUGAGAGUAGUGAGAAGAGGGAUUUGAACACAACCACCAUAACCAAGUUAACUGCCGAUGUUGCCGUGAGAAGUGGUAACAACAACAACAAUAACAAUGUGUUUGCAAGCAACAUGAAAACUCUUGUCAACAUUUUUAGGCCUACUGUUCAACCCCACGCCAACAAAGGUCUUGUUCUCCAGCUUGUUAGCUCUGAUCAACUUGGUCCUAAUGGUAAGGAGGCAAAGUUGAGCGAGGAAAUAGUGUUGGAGUGGCCCGAAAACGACGUCGUAUUGGGAGGUGAAGGAAGCAUCAACACCUACAAAGUUGAAUUCUGUGUGGACUCUGACUUUGGAGUACCUGGAGCAGUUGCUGUCCUUAAUCGCUAUGACAGUGAGUUCUUCUUGGACAGCAUAAACAUUCAACAGCUAAAUCUUCAUUUUCCAUGCAAGUCUUGGGUGCAGCCUGAAAAUAAAAUUGAUCCCCACAAGAGAAUUUUCUUCUUUAACAAGGUGUAUCUCCCUUUUGAGACACCAAUUGGAUUGAAACAAGUUAGAGAAAGAGAUCUAAGGCAGAUGAGAGGCGAUAGUAGAGGGCGUAGAAAAUCAUGUGACAGAAUAUAUGAGUAUGAUGUGUAUAAUGAUUUAGGUGAUCCUGACAAGGGAGAUGAGUAUGAAAGGCCAACACUUGGUGGCCAAAACAACCCUUAUCCCACACGUUGCCGCACUGGACGUCCACCUACUAGAAUUGAUUCACAUGCGGAAUCAAGGCCCAGUGGAUCAGAGUCAAUAUACGUUCCUAGAGAUGAGGAACUAGCAGACAUAAAGAAGCAUGACCUUGAUCGAGCGAAAUUGAUUGCGAUUGCUAGGAACAUUGUUCCUGCAUUAUUAGAUAAGAUGGGCAAUGAAGGUGUUCUCAACAUCCAUAACUUCAUCAGGGAGUCAAGGCACUCUCAUUCUAAUUUGGGUGGCACUAUAGAAGAACUUUUUAAAUUUGAUCCUCCAAAGAUAUUUUCAAGAGGAAAAUCACACUUUUUAGAAGAUGAUGAAUUUGGACGCCAAGUUCUAGCAGGGCUAAAUCCUCUCAGUAUUGAAAGGCUCAAGGUUUUCCCACCAGUGAGCAAAUUGGAUCCCUGUAAGUCAGCACUAAAAGAAGAACACAUUAUAGACCACAUCGAUGGGAUGUCCAUCCAACAGGCAUUGGAAGACAACAAGUUGUUCAUAUUGGACUAUCAUGAUAUCUUCCUACCCUUUGUUGAUCGAAUUAAUGCUCUUGAUGACCGCAAAGCUUAUGCAACCACCACAAUUUUCUUCCUCACCAAAAUGGGAACUCUAAAAGCCAUUGCUAUACAGCUUGCUCUGCCGACAAUGGAUCCAAACACUUCAUCCAAGCAAGUGCUCACACCUCCUGUAGACACCACCACCAAAUGGCUCUGGCAACUUGGCAAAGCUCAUGUUUGCUCUAAUGAUGCUUUUGUUCAUACAUAUCUGCACCACUGGUUAAGAAUACAUGCAACUAUGGAACCAUUCAUAAUUGCUGCUCAUCGACAAUUGAGUGUUAUGCAUCCUAUAUACAAGCUUCUGCAUCCCCAUAUGCGUUACACACUCAAGACAAACGCCACAGCUCGUGAGACACUCAUCAACGCCGGAGGUAUCUUAGAGACUAACUUCAGUCCUGGAAAAUAUUCUAUGCAGAUCACUUCUGCUGCAUACAGAGAUUGGUGGCAAUUUGACCAAGAAGGUCUUCCUACCGAUCUAAUAAGAAGAGGCUUAGCGGUUCCUGAUGAAUCACAACCACAAGGUGUUAGAUUAGUCAUUGAAGAUUAUCCCUAUGCAGCUGAUGGACUCCUCAUAUGGUCCAGCAUAGGGAAAUUGGUGAAGACUUAUGUGAACCAUUACUACAAAGACGUUGACGCCAUUUCAUCUGACUAUGAACUUCAAUCUUGGUACAAAGAAUUCAUCAAUCUCGGACACCCUGAUCAUAAAAACGCUAGCUGGUGGCCUAAACUUUCCACCCCUGAAAAUCUCAUCUCCAUCUUAACCACCAUUAUUUGGAUUGUAACAGCACAACAUGCCGUGUUGAACUUUAGCCAAUACCACUAUGGUGGAUAUGUUCCAAUGCGGCCGGCGUUGAUGCGAAAACUAAUUCCCAAGGAGGGUGAUCUUGACUACAUAGACUUUGUCAUGGAUCCACAGAGAUACUUUGAGUCAUCACUUCCGAGUUUAUCUCAAGCAGCAAAGUUCAUGGCUGUGACUAGCAUAGGCUCUGCGCACUCGCCGGAAGAGGAGUACAUAGGAGACAGAAAUGACUUGUGUUCUUGGUUGGAAGAGCCCGAGAUCUUUGAUGCCUUCAAACAAUUUUCAAUGGAAAUAAAAAAUAUUGAGACAGAGAUUGAGAAAAGAAAUGCUGAUAAAAAACUUAGAAACAGAUGUGGUGUUGGAGUUACACCAUAUGAAUUGCUUAUGCCAUGGUCAGAUCAAGGGGUCACAGGAAGAGGGGUGCCAAAUAGUGUAACAGCUUAACAUUCUAAUAUGUGCGACAGAGCAAUGUCCUAUUGUUCUCACCUUAGGGGGCAUAAUUCAUCAUUUGUUACCUUAUAAAAAUAUCAAAUAAAAUAAAAUGAAGUGAAGGAUUUCUUAAA